UUCUAUCACCAUUUCAGAAACCAUAUUUCUUGGUCUAGUGUUCAUUAUCAGAACAAGUUCGUUAUCAGAACAAGUAACAAAUCUCAAGAAUGAAAAUGGAAGUAGAGAUCAUCUCCAAUGAAAAAAUAAAACCUUCAUCACCUACUGACCAUCAUCUCAAAAUAUUUAAGCUCUCUUCGCUUGAUCGAUAUCGUCCUUCAGAAUACAUACCUAUAAUUCUUUUUUACAAUCCCAAUCCAACAGGUAUAAACGACAGUAUCUCCGAUCAUCUCAAAAAGUCGUUAUCCAACACGUUAACACGUUUCUACCCGAUAGCCGGUCGAAUCAAAGAUAAUAAUACUUGGGUUGAUUGUACCGACGAAGGCGUUGAAUAUGUAGAAACGAGAAUUGAAGGUAAGAUUUCUGAUUUUACGUGGACAUCGGAAUUACUACACCAGCUCGUGCCGGUACAUACGAAUUUAGCGACUGAAGUUCCGGCUGUCAUCCAAGUCAAUUUCUUCGAUUGUGGUGGUGUUGCAAUUACAGUAUGUAUUUCACACAAGAUUGGUGAUACAUCUACUUACGCUACUUUUAUUAACAGUUGGGCAGCCACAGCUCGGGGAGCCCCUGCCGCCAGUACCAAUUUCGAUUCUCAAUCUCUAUUUCCGAUUCCCGUACCCGACACAUCCGACACAGAUAAUGAUCGGAGAGGGUCCCACAGCUCGGAUGAUGAGGAAAAUGAAGAUCUUGUGACGAAGAGACUAGUAUUCGACGGUGAGAAAGUCAGUGCCUUGCAAGAAAGGAUUGGUGACACUUUGACUACUUUGAAGUACCCGACACGUGUAGAAGCCGCAUCCGCUUUGAUAUGGAAGUCGGCAAUGGAAGCAGGUUUUGCGACAUCACCACCAGCAGUAAAAGAUCAGACACCCGAACGCGUAUCGGAAAUGUAUAUUGUUGUCAACAUAAGGAAAAAAAUGGACCCGCCAUUAAGUGACUCAUCAUUUGGGAAUAUAUUCUCUAUGGCGACAGCAAAAGCAACGAUUACUAGUGGUGGGGUGGAUUUAGAUGACUUGGUUGGCCAGAUUCGGGUUGCGAUUAGUGGAGUCGACGGUAAUCAUAUAAAGCGAAUGCAGAAUGAUGAAGAUUCUGAGGAGGAUGAUGAAGAAUAUGAUCAUGAAGAUGAGUAUAAUGAUUAUUGGUUAAUGAGUUGGUGUAAUUUUCCAUUAUAUGAGAUUGAUUUUGGAUUUGGGAAGCCGGAUUGGGUAACGACUGAUGCAGUUGAAGUGUUAGAUGAGAAUGAUAUUUACUUGAUGGAUGCUAGAACUGGCAAAGGAGUUGAAGCUUGGAUUAAACUGACACCAGAGAAAAUGGACAUGUUUUUGAAUAACCAAGAGUUACUUGAAUUUGUAACUAUUUUUGAUUGACUUUAUUGUUAAAUUGCUAUGCAGGAAUAAUGAAAUUUGAGUUGCGUUUUUCAGUUCAUUUAA